UAACUUGGUCCAGAAUCCUCCUGUGUCUCCACAACUACCUCCUGUUUCAAUGGGGGAGUUCAAGCACUUCACACACAAAGCUGGUUUAUUGUUUGCCACCAAUGAGUAGACAGUGGAUAGACGACUGGACGUUGUCAUUUGUUGUACUUGUAAUUUAGUAAAUUAAGGUCCAGCUGGAAAUAAGUAAGAUAUACUCAGUUCUCUUAAGACUACAUAGUCAUAUUUAUAAGUAUAUAUUAUUAGUUGAGAGCUUGCCUUGAUUGUGGUUUUUUCCUAAAAGAUGUGAGUAAAUAAUUUCACUUUUUGUGUCUCAAUAUUUGUGUUGAUCACCGUGAGUGUUUUAUUGCAGGAGGUGGGCAUUCUUUGAUAACUAUGAAGACUGUUUUGACUGGUAAGUUCACAGUUUUUUCUAUUUGUGAUGUAAGAUUAACGUGUGAUCUUGUGUCUAAUGGCUGUGGUGGCAUUUGUUUAAACUCAGUGCUUCAAUUAAUUAAGGUUGCUUGAAUUGUAUUUUUUGUUUUUUAUUGAAGAUUCCUGUAUAAAAAUUUGUAACCGUAAAAAUUGGGCUUUUGCUGUUUUUAUGUGUUAUCUUGGGUCUUGGUCCAAAGAGUCAAGUGAAGACCAGUGAAAGACAAAGUUACAGCAAUGAAGAAAAAUCUAGAGGAUGCCAUAGGUAGAUCUUAUUUCUGUUCUUUCCCUCUGCAGUUUCCGUUUACUCAAACCCAAAGAGCACUUCCAAGUGUUAAGGAGGAGCGGUGUUCUAUUCUGUGUGGAAUCCCCCUUGCUACAGUUUCUUUUAGUGGCAGCCCAAGACGAGCACCUCAUAAAAGGUUUUCAUUACACAAAGACAAGCUGGCAAAGAUUGAGGAUGCACUCAUCAUGGAGGGGAUUGCAGACAGCGUGGAGCUGCGUCACAGAAAUCACAAGUCUUGCCUGUUGGCAUUGACCAAGGACAACAUGUUGCUGCGAAUUGACCUGGAUACUGGCCAGGUGAUGGAGCAGGUCUACCUGGGACCCACGUCCAUCAGAUACAAGAAGAUCCAGUGGAACAUGGUGGACGAGAGUUUUACUUUGUGCUCCAUGCUGUUUCCCAGACAGCCUGUUCAUUUCCUUAGACAGGCUGGUAUGGAAGUCACAGAUGUCAUCCAGCUGACUAUUCUCUCCUGUCUGCCUCUGGACUUUGUCUGCAAAAUGUCUGUCACACGACAGGUCUUUGGCAAAGACACGGUGGAUGCGGCCAUCUUCCUCAACCUGCUGAUGGUCAUGCACUCAAUGAGCCACGUGCGCAUGUACAGCCUGGAGACCAUCAUGAAACAGGGCUGUCUGCAUCAACAAAAACUAUAUGACAAACUGGAAGAUGGGACAACGUAUGGUAUUUACCCAUCUCCCGUCACAGUCAGUGUCAAGUUAGAAGAGCGACCACCGUGUCUGUUUGAGGUUCGGUGUCGUAACCGAGAUGUGAUGUUGACGAUGCCCCCGUGCUACUACAUCAUGUGGCCCUUCGGCAACUAUCGAGGCUACUGCUGCUUCUCCCUGCGCACUCAGGAGAUGGUGGAGGGAGGGUGUCUGCAGGCAGAAGACUCUGCCCCUGAAGAGAGAGUGUCACUGCACGCCGAUGACUCUGGCAGGAUUGUUCACAUGAAGAACGCAGAGCUCAGAGUUUUGAAGCUACAAGCUCAGGCUAACGAUGAGGAGAGAAAGCUUGUAGAGGAUUUUGUCAUCAACUUUACUCCUCAACCACAGUCUCCAAUUUUGCAAGUGACCCAGUCUGGCAGAAUCAUUAAGCAGACCGUGAGGCAGGACUGCUCUCAGUUGCAGGAGCGGACUGUGUUGACCAUGAUGUACAGCGAGGACCAGGACAUGAUGAUCGUAGUUUCCGUAUCCACGCCCGGUUGUGACAAGGUGGACAGACCGGUGGUCGGCUUCUACAAUAACUGGACGGGUCAGCUGCUUCGACAGUUUGAGCUGGAAGAAUCGCUGGAAGAGACUCAGGACAGAUCAAUCUGUUACCAGAUGGAUACCAUAACACAUGUGUUCAAGACUUACCAGCAGCGCUUUGAGUGUCAUGUGUACAAGCUACUGCCGCUCAGCACACCUGGGGAGGAGUGGAAGGGGCGGGCCAAGGGAGGGACCCAUAGGCGGAGCACCCCGCGCGUCUCAACUGACAGCUCAGAGGAUGGAGAGUACUCACCUAGACGUCGACGUACCAGAUAGCAGUAAAAGGCGAUUAGGUUUUUCUGCAUAGAUCCCAUCUUUCCUUUCUGUGAAAAUUUGUACCAAAGUAAGUGCAGUGAUGUCGACAAAUUUGAUACAGUAGUCUCCACCUAAACGCACGGUGCUCGGGAGGGCUCUUUAGCGUGUGUAAUGAUAUGCACCAUAAAAUGUCAGGAACAGAUAGCCUAAGAGGAAACUGUUGAGGAUAGUUAUAGAGACGACAACGCAGCCAGGUGGCUUUCCAAGCGACCACCCCCGACCACAACUUCAUGGAUGGCAUCAGAAUCAUAGAUCUCUACAUUCAGAGAAACAUUUCUCUUGUGAUUUGUUGAACAACUACGUUAUAAGUUCUUCGAGCGCAGCUGAUUAGGCUUACUUGACUAAUUUUUUACCCUAUAGAGGCCUAUCUAAUGUUUUACAGCAUUCACGCAUGUUGCGCAUCAUAGACCUAGGUCUAACUAAACAUUACACUCGGUCACCCAAACACCAGUCGGAAACCUUCUCUUAAAGAUGCAUUUCCAAUGACAAUAAAAUCAAAACACUUUUCAAUCCCCUAACAUUUCACCAACCAGUCCUAGACCUAUGUGUCUGUGGAAAGUUGGGUGUGAAAACGAAUUCCGUCACUCUGUGCAGUCUCACCAAAUAUCUGGUUUUCUAGACUCGUCUUGUGCAAGUUGUGUAGGCUGCUGCAAAAAUGUCCCCUUGUCAAGCUUUACUGUCGGCGUGUUUUGCGGAUCGGAUCAUGAGUUUAGAGGGAGUGACCGUGCUUUGUAUUUCUAAAUUAUAUAGUAAAAAUAAAAAACCCGUCACAUGACGAAAGCAUGCAUUUGGGCGGAGCCUGCUUUUGUAUGGCGUACGUUUUAGGUGGAGACUACUGUAGCAGUAAUCGUUACCUCAGAAUUACAAAGUUCUAUUU